AUGGCUGACGAUACAGGAAAAGGAGCUGCUGGUACUGAAGUACCUGAUGUAAGUCCAGGUGCUGGCUUUCAAGUCUUUGUUGAUAUGUCGAAUUUAUAUAAUAAAUUAAAAUUACUUAAUUAUGAUGAUGAAUAUGUAUUAAAAUGGAGAAUGAAACCAAUUUCACGUAUUCAUUUUGCUGUAUCUACAAAUCCAGGAGAACAAUUACAUGCAUUUAUCUCACUUACAGCAUGGCUUUUUCAAAAAGGUGGAGUUAAAUUUGAUAAACCAAGCGAAGAUGAUGAUCAAAGUGUUCUUCUUACAAAUAUGAUUGCACAAUUUAAAAAAUUAGGUCAUGAUAUAUCUGUCAGUACGAAUAAACUUCGAACUGGUUCUGGUGAAUCUGUAGUUUAUAUUCUCAAUCGACUUGCUGAUGAUGCAUUAAAAAAGACUGGUUUUACUUGGCGAUCACCUGAAAAGCCUGAUGAAUUACCAGAUAAUGAUGAUGCAGGUGCCAAAGAUGAUGAUAAUGAAAUUGAUGUCAAUAAAAUUGAUGAAGAAAUGUUUAAUCGAGAUAAUGAUGCCGAUGAAUAUGAAGAAGAUGAAACAGUUUUAAAUAUGGAAGCUCUAUCAAAAUUAGGUUUAAAUUCCAAAUCAGCAGGUGUUAAUGCAAUAUCUGAACCUGAAGUUCGUCCUGAAUUAAUUAUGGAAUCAACAACAGAUGCAACUGAAUGGAAAUUAGAAGUUGAACGUAUAUUACCACAACUUAAAGUAACAUUUAAAGCUGAAAAUAAAGAUUGGCGUGCACGACAAGAACAACGUUUAACAUAUAAAACACAAAUUGCUAGUUCACUUAAAGAUGCUGAACAAAUGUUAACAAGAUUUCAUACAGAUAUUUCUAAAUCAUUAGAAAAAAUAACGACACGUGAACAAUAUAUUAAUUCACAAUUAACUGAUCAUGUACAAGAAUUCCAUCGACAACAAGAUGCAUUAGCAUUAGCAAAACAACAUUAUCGUCAAUGUUCACAAGGUAUUACAGAAAAAUCACAGCAAUUAGCUCAAAUAUCUGCUGAAUUAACACGAAUUAAAGAAGAAAUGGAAGAAACAGGACAAAGUGUUACAGAUGGAGGUCCAUUGGUAAAAAUUAAGAAGGCAAUUGAAGAAUUAAAUCGUGAUAUUGUUCGUGUUGAUGUUCGUAUUGCCGUACUUGAACAUACACUUAUGCAAUCAAAAGUACGUGAAAAAGAAGAAGCCAAUGAUGAUAAAUCGGAUUUUCAAUUUAAUGAACCAGAUUUCGAUUAG